CUUGUAAGAUAACAGUUGGUACUGAUGAAUACUUUUAGUAAACGACGUUUACAGGAACUUUGAAUUCAUUUUUCAAGCUGUUAUUCUUUGUAAUUGUUUAUAAUACUGUGCACAAUAUGUUGCAACUUAUUUUGUUACAAAAAAUGUAUCUAUAAAGAUCCAUAAAAGUAUAUCGUCGCUGUUUUUAAUACAAAAAAUACAAUAAAUCGUUGAAUUGGGUUAUGUAUUAGUUUGUUUACAGCAAUUAAAAAAAAAAGUCAAAAUGGAUAUUAAUGUGACAUUUGAUGAACCUUUAACAAGUAAUAAUUGUGUGAAACUCGUAACUGAAUUAUUGAAAUAUAUUUUAUAUCAAAAGCAACAAAUACCAUUUACGUAUGAUUCAUUAAGUCAACUACAAGUAAAAAAUACUGAUAGAAAUUCGACCUCUAUAAAAACAUUAUUAAAUUCCUUAAAAAAUACAACAGAACAAUUGGAUUCGCAAUUUCAUCUUAGUGGGUGUAAGAUUAAAGAAAUUGCUAUACUUAUUGGUGCUACCAUAGUGUCACCAAGAUUACAUAUUAGAGUUGAAUUUCCACCCGAUGUUCUUAGCAGUCAAGAACAUCUUGAAUGUAAACAUGCUCCUAGGAAACCUCUUUUAAAUUUAAUGAGAUCAAUACUGGAAUGUUCAGAGUUCCAAGAUGCUUUGACAACACCAUUAAAUCCCACAAAUACAUUUGUACUGAUACAAAAGAGCGAUAGUAAUGCAGUAUCAGAGUUCUUUUUACCUAAGCCACAAUAUAUGCCUCCAACGCAUAAAUCUAAUUAUUUUGUGUUUAAGUUACAACAUAGUGAUGAACUGAAAAUGGAUUGCAAUUGUAUAGAUAUAGUAAAAGUUUAUAAUGAAGUAUCAGAACAUAAUACAAAUAAAAGUAAAGACAUUCAGUUCUUAAAUAAUUCAAAUAUAAAUACUACACAUUGUCCUUAUCGAUGGUAUCAAUCUAAGGAAGUAAUUAAAGGAUUCAAAUUCUUAAGAUGACCAUAAAUGUGUUAUAGGAAAUUGAAAUAGCAUAUAUUUUAUUAUCAUGAAAUAUCAAAUAUAUUUUUAAAAAUUAUUACCAUUUUUAAAUGCAUUAUUAUAAUGUAGAAAAUACGUUAAUCAUGAUGUUACAAACAUAUGACUAAUUACAGAUAUAUAUGGAUUAUGUUUUGAAAUGUUUUAAUACUAAAUUACAAUUAUACGUAUAUUGAUUAAAAAUAAAAAUUUAUAUAGAAGUUCAAAAUACAAUAGAUUUUUUGUUUAUAUUAGUAGAUAUUAAGUUUUUAUUUUUAUAACAACGAGCUCAAUUAAACAAUGUAAGUUACAUAAUAAAAU